AUGUCUAGAGAUAGAGUACAGCCCAAUUGCUGGGUUGCUCUAAAGCUUCCUAGUGAAGAUUUCAAGAUUCUAGAAAUUGUUCCUAAUAUUACGAUAUCGCUCGGGAAAUAUGGCUCGUUUCCCAGCAAUCUAAUCAUCGAUCGACCGUAUCACUUAACGUACGAGAUCCAAGACAAGCGCGAAGACGAAAACUUUGCACGCCUGCGCGUGGUACCAGCAGCAGAGCUCAACGCCGAUGCAUUGGCCGACACAAGCGCCGAUGCCGAAGAAGGGGACGCCGAAGAGGAGACGAUUAUCAAACCUUCCGACGGUGAAGAACUUACCCUCGUCGACGAGGCUAGCGGCCAGGUUGUUAUCCGAUCUAAGGGAGAGGCAAUCGACGAGUCGGCGCGCCAGACGUUGACGAUACAAGAGAUCGAGGAGCUUAAGAAAAAGGGCACAGCUGCGGGCAAAGAAUUGAUCGCUAAGCUUCUCCUCUCACAUACGGCCAUUGAGGAGAAGACGGCCUAUUCUUUAGCCAAGUACAAGCUACUAAAGACGAAGAAGUACAUCCGCCGAUUUACGGUUCUACCGCUCGACGUACCUCUGCUCGCGCAAUGGAUGCUGGAAGACAAGGACGCUUCUAAGAUUAUGGAGAUGCGCAACGAGUCCAUGGCUCUGGUUGGGUGCUGGGCAGAUGUUCAUUAUGUUGCGCCGCACUUGGAUGACGCUGGAGACGAAUCUGGGGGUCGAUGGCUUGUGAUUGAUGAUACCGGCGGUUUGUUGACAGCUUCCCUUGCUGAACGAAUGGGAAUACUGCAUGAGAACCCCGACGAUGCUGAGCAGGCACAGGAGGAAAUUCCUGAGGUUCAAGCCGAGGCGGGCAGCGAAGAAACGAAAUCAGAGGCUCGACCUGCUAAGCGACGACGACCAGAUGAUCUAGAAUUACCAUUCGCCAAACGCAAUACACUCACCAUUCUACACCACAACACACAACCCAAUCUCUUCCUUCUCCGCUACUUCAACUUUGACAGCACCGAUCCUGACCCUCACCCCCCGUAUCAUCCCUUAUUUUCGAACAUGAUGUCUCUGUCAUGGCUUCAGCUUCUUAACCCCGAGGAGGACAUUACGCUAGCGAGCCCUCCCGAGGAGGUUGAGCCAGAGGUGUUGGCAUCGUGGAAGACCAACCGGAGAGGCAACUAUCAUCGCAAGCGUCGGAGGUGGGCUCGCACACGACACAUUGUCGACUCUACACGUGCGGGGGGGUUCUCUGGCCUGGCCGUGGCCAGCCCGAUGGACCCUGUCUCCAUUCUACGCCAUACUCUGCCUCUACUCGCACCAGGUGCCCCGAUUGCCAUCUACUCGCCGAGCAUCGAGCCAUUAAACUCACUUGUGGAUUGCUUCAGCGUCGGUCGCCGUGCAGCUUGGAUCACCGAGCCUCCCAAGGAGGCCGAGGGGAAAGCCAUCGAAGAACUGGAGCGGUGGGAAGGAAACGACGAAUAUCCCCUGAACCCAACGCUUGUGCUCAACGCCAGCAUUCAGACCAGCCGAGCGAAGCGGUGGCAGGUCUUGCCUGGCAGGACUCACCCCGUGAUGACGGCGAAGGGAGGCGCGGAAGGCUACAUUUUCACAGGUUGGCGAGCCCUGCCCGUCGAAGGUAGAAUCGAAGCCAGAGGCAAGUUCAAGAGAAAGAAGGUGGAUCCGAAAUAG